AAUAGAAAUGAUGGAUACAGCACUGAAACAAGCAGAAUUAUAAUGAUCGCUAGCAAAGGAUUAAAGUCCGUCCAUCCUGCAGCAACUCCUUCCUCCUGCUCUGGUUAAAAUCCCUCCCUAAUUCCAUGCCAGGGAAGAAAAGACAGCAGUCAUACUCUGAGAAUUUUGCUCUCCAACAGACUCUAGUCCUAGACACAGGUGUUAUGUUCUGCAGACAGAGGAUACAAUUUUGCCGAAGGAAAAAGAUUUUCUUGAAUCACAAGGACUGAAGAGUGUUAAUGCUCAUCAAGUUCAAGCAGGAAUGGAGGGAGCAGCCAGUAAACUCAUUGAAGCCUCUUAAUGUGGCAUUUGCGGGCAUUUCAGAUUUCUGAAUCAAUCCCUUGCCACCUUGCCAGCCACUUAUGGAAGAAGGGACCUCCAAACUCUUUGGCAGGAUGAAUAAGACCAGGGGAUCCUUUGAGAGCCCAGAGCUUUGGAGCCCAGCUGAUACCCAGAGCACCAGUGCUGCACCACCCUUUGCAUUUGGCCAGCAGGCCACGGACACAGCCCUGAGUGCCAUCCUUAUUGUGGUCCUCUUCAUCGUCAUGGUCUCUUUGGGGUGCACGAUGGAGAUAAGCAAGAUCACGACUCACCUCAGGAAACCCAAAGGGGUAGCAAUUGCUGUAAUGGCUCAAUACGGUGUAAUGCCCUUGACAGCAUUUGCUUUGGGCAAGCUCUUCCAGCUAGGUGCUGUGGAAUCCCUGGCCAUCCUCAUCUGUGGCUGCUGUCCGGGUGGAAACCUCUCCAACAUCUUCAGCCUAGCACUGAAAGGAGAUAUGAACCUCAGCAUUGUAAUGACCACAUGCUCAACAGUCCUGGCAAUAGGACUAAUGCCUCUGCUCCUUUACCUUUACUCGAGAGGACUAUAUGAGGGUGACCUGAAGAGCAAGGUGCCAUACAAAGGAAUAAUCCUCUCCCUGGUCCUUAUGCUCAUCCCCUGUGCCAUUGGCAUCAUCUUGAAUGAGAAGAAACUGCAGUACACCAGCUUUGUCAUCAAGACAGGGAUGGCUGUGCUUCUCCUGUCAUCUGUUGCAAUAGUCACUCUGUCAGUCGUCAAUGCUGGAAGCAGAAUCACGGCCGUUUUCUCACCAGCACUCCUGGGAUCUUCUGCCUUGAUGCCUUUUAUUGGAUUCCUGCUGGGCUAUGUUCUCUCUGCAGCCUUCAAGCUUAAUGACCGAGGCAGGCGGACAGUGUGCAUGGAAACUGGCUGCCAGAACGUCCAGCUUUGCUCCACUAUACUCAAGGUCACCUUUGCCCCAGACAUCAUCGGUCAUCUGUACUUCUUCCCGCUCCUCUACUUGAUAUUCCAGCUUGGAGAGGGCCUUCUGCUUAUCCUGGUCUUCAGGAUCCGUGAUAGAAUAACAAAACCAAAUGAUGCAGCAGAAGCAACCUGCACAGCUAUCACCCAAGACACAGACAUCACUCAAGAAAUAAAACCAGUAUCAGGACCCCGCAGAAACAGUGGGGAAACAGGAAAACAGUAUAGAAAUCCCGUGCACCAGCAGCUGCUGCAAGCCCCUCACGCUCUACCUUCUGCAGAAGGCUGGCAAGUCACCCCCAGUGCUGUGUAAGACCUGAACUGCCUGCUCAUUUUAAACCAGAGGAAGGGUUCCCCACGCAGCUGCUCCCAUCCUGCCCUCUGAUCCCCCCCAGAGACCUUGUUCCUCUCACCACUGUCCCUCCCAUGAGGGAGACCUCCUGGCUUCCAGGCUCAGGUGUGGAGUCAUCCAUGACAGGCUGCAGAUCCUCCUUUCCUACUUUCCAUUCGAGCUGGUUUAGCUCCCACUGCAGCAUCUGCAGAGGCCAACGUCCCCUCCAGGCAUCCCUGGCGCUGCUGGCACUUUCUGAGAGCUCGAGCACUGGCUGCUAGAGUGGUUUUUUUGGCAGAAACCAGUAACCUGCAGCAGUGUGCAGGGUUGGGGCCCAGCAAGCUGCACGUGAGCCCCAAAUAGGCCCUGCUUUAAAUCUGAGCCAGACAGCACGUAUAGCUGCAGCGUAUUUUCAGGACACCACCUUGUGGUUUCUGUUGUGCUGCAGAGAGGGCAGUGCUGGAGGGCUGGCAAUAGACCUGCAUGUUCACGCAAGUCUGCACUGUAACCUGAAGUAACAGACCUUGAAGAAGAAACAGGAGUGUAAUGAGCAGCUACAUUUAACAGAGCUUCUCACCAACAGCUGUAACCUCACGUACAGGUAGAGGUGGCACAGUAUCAUCUGCAGAAUCAAGGUUUUUGACCAGCCAACACCAGCCUCAGCAGUGCAAAGCCAGACACAGCCCAUCCAAAGUCAAUCUUUUGGAGCAGAAAACACCCCAGGAUGGUUUUUGUUCUGCUAACUAUGAGUGAAGUGACGGAAAAACUACCCUUCUCCACUGAUCAGGGGCUUUCAUCCGUCUGGAUUCCACCGGGAGCAAAGUCGCACUCACAACCACUUGAAAUGCCACUUACCAUUCAAGCAAGAGGGAGGGCAAUUAAACCAUUUUCUUACAGCUGGUAGAUAUGCAGAUCCUCAGAAACAUGGGCCUAUUUUCUUCUGGCAAAGCUACAGAGAAUACAGAAUUAUACAACACAGCACUGCUCCAAUGAUCUGAUCUUGUAAAUCAGGGUACUCUGGUACAACGUAAGCGAAGGGCAGCAUCGAACAUCCACAGGCAAGGCUUCCAAGACGCUCACGUCUCAGAUUCCUUUGUUAUACUUGGAAAUGGUGUUUAUACUUGCCCUGUUCAACCUAAUAAAUCAUCCUACAUCGAUGAAUACGGAGCAAAUUUCAAUCCCCUAGGUGAACAAUCACUUUGAACACUGAAAUGAGUCAAUUCAAGUAUGACGUGCACUGCAUACACGCACCCAAAAUUGUUCUGGGAAAAAAAGGAGUGGGAUCAGGCUGAGCCAAAAGCCUCCAGUCUUCCAUAAGCAGGUAGCACAGUGCCCU